GAGACUCGGAAAUAGGAUGUUGGUGAGUUCCACGGAAUUUGGCAUUAUUCGUUGUUGAUAACUUCUCCUCUCUCUCUCUCUCUCUCUCUCUCUCUCACACACACACACACACACACACAGACGGUGCAUCAUCACCCCAAUUUCAAUCCCGGAAAAGGUCAGCUCUCUGUUCAAUUUCAAUCCCUGUUAAUUUUCCUCGUUUAUCAAACCCACCUGUUCGAAUCAUCGCCUCAUUUCAAGAACAAACCAAAUACCCAAAACCCUAUUUCUCGAAUUAAACCCACCUCAUAGUUUCCAUCAAUCACUCAUCACAUAUUUCCUCUUGCAUAGUAUCAGAUUAUGUCCAAAAUAAUUAAAUGAUAAUCAUCCCCACGAUCUGGUAUCAUUAGAUUUGUUUUGACGUUUUCUCGAAGUUUCAAUUUUUUUGGGAUAACUGAUUGUAUUAGUGAUAGACAGAUGAUAAAUGGAGAGGCAACCGGUGAGGCCUCUGUCGAAGUUGCUCUUCCAGACCCGCCCAAUGAGGAAUCGGAUGGUGGCGAUGAGUCCCCCGUGUAUUCGCAGUACUCCUCAUGUGGCGAAUCGGAGUUUGAGAGGUACUGUAGUGCCAAUUCUGUUUUGGGGACCUCUAGUUUGUGUAGCUCUGUAGGAGAUGUUGGUAGUUUAGGGGAUUUUAGUCUGGGAGCUGGGUUUUCUAGAAGAAUUGGAGAUAAGAAGUUAUUAUCCCCUAGUGGAUCAGGUUGUUUAUCCGAUCAUAGAAUUGGGCCAUGGGAAGGAAAUAACCUUCCAGAUGUGGAAAAUGGUGUAGAAGGCCGAGGUUUAGGGGGGGUGAGUGAUGGGUUGAAUUCAGACAGGAACAUGGGUGACGAGAGUGAUUCGGAGUUACCAGAAGUUGUGGACUUGAAUAGUGUGUUGGAUGAGGAGCUUUGUAUGGAUGAUGGUGGUGGUGGUGUUUUCCAUUGGAGAGACCACAGUGAGUCGGAAGUGAUGAGAAGUUCUGGUGGAACGUUGGCUGAUCAGCACACUAGUAGCAUAGAGUCCAUUGAGGAAAAUGCGUCUUUAGGUUUGGGUGUUAAUAUUGAUGGUCAUUCGUCUGAUAGGGUUGAGGUGGAAACCCACCAACAGGUGAUUACUGAACAGGUGAACAUUAGUUUAGAUCAGCUAUAUUCAGAUUCUGCUGUGGAAUUUGAUGUUAGGGAAGUUGAAAGGUGUUCGGAUGAAGAUGAUAACGAUUCAUCCAGAUUUGAGCAUUCCGAAGGUGAAGAUUCAAUGUUUGGCUAUGGUUCCGAUGAUGAGCAGAAGAUAAAUCUCUUGCAUAAGCGGAAUAUGCAAUACCAUGAGGAAGGAAAAGUUGAGAAAGGAAAUUCGUUGCUUAUGGGCUCAUCUAUAGCAUUUGGUUCCAAUGAUUGGGAUGACUUUGAGCUAGAAUCAAGCAAAUCUGAUAUUAAAUCGAUGAUGUUGGAGAAGAUAGAACCAAACACUGAAACUGAAAUAAACGCUCUGAGUUCAGUUUCUCGGACCGAGACAGGCUUUUCUGGCAUUGAUCCAGAUAAAGAAGCGUUGACCUAUGUUUCUGUUCCUACCAGUCAAGUUCAAAGUGCCCGGGAACUGGAAGGGUGCAUUAAAAAUGGUUCUUUGACCCCAAUUCACUUUCUGGAUUUUUGUGAUACAGAGCAAGGGAACGAUGCAGAAGAUGUUCUCAUUCCCAACAAUCAAGUUGGAGACCUUGAUGAAUCAGUAGAUUGGCUUAAAACCGGUUCUGGUAUUGAUAUUUUACAAACACAACAGGAUAUACUAUCACAAGAUGCACCCUUAAAGGAAGGUUCAAACUUUAGAGGUGGUAAUUUGGAAAAGGCCAUUCCACUUUUAAGUACUCAGAAAUUUGACAAAGGCAACGGCAGUCAAGUUUUAGAAAUUCACGAGUCAGAGCAAUCAACUUCACAUUUGGACCCUCUUUUUGAUAUUAGAGCUAGCCAACUUGCUUCGGCAUCAACUGAAACACCUGAUGAUCAAAGAGUUGGUUUUCCUAGAGAAUCACUUGCACCGCUUGGAAUGGAUGAGAAUGAUAUAAAGAGACAACUAAACGAUUCUUACGCUCUAUUCAAUCGAUUUGAAGUCCGUCCUAAACCAGUUAAGACAGAGAAUCAGGAGUUAAAUGAAUUCUAUGACGAAUUUGUCCAUGAAAUGGAAGAAAUAUUAUUGGACUCUACCGAGUCUCCAGGAGCUAGGUUCACCCAUGAUGAUAAAGUGAAUCGCUCCCACUUGUCUCUGCCUUUAAGAGAUGGUGGAUCAACUGCCUCUACUUCUGGUAAUGAUGAUGCCUACUCUCUAAUCCUGCUCCCUAUGACAAUUAAUGGUGUUGAAGUAGUUGGUGCAAAGCAGAAGAAGGGAGAUGUCUCAUUUGGUGAAAGACUGGUUGGAGUGAAGGAAUACACCGUUUACACAAUAAGAGUGUGGAGUGGAACAGACCAUUGGGAGGUUGAACGACGGUACCGUGAUUUUUGCACACUCUACCGGCGGUUGAAAACAGUAUAUGAAAAUCAAGGCUGGAUUCUCCCUUCUCCCUGGGCUGCUGUCGAGCGGGAAUCCAGAAAGAUUUUUGGUAAUGUCUCUCCUGAUGUUGUUUCGGAGAGAAGUGCUCUCAUUCAAGAGUGUUUACGAUCUAUUCUACACUCUAGGUUGUCAUCCAGCUUUCCAAGUGCUCUAAUUUGGUUCUUUGCCCCACCCAAAGUUGUGCCUAGUUCUCCUGCAUCUAAUACAUUUAACCCCGCGUCUCCCUUUUCUGCUAGAGGCAGGAACACAGACAACAUGGUGACGCUUGGGAAGACUAUAUCACUUAUCGUUGAAAUCCGACUGCACAAAUCUACAAAACAGAUUCUAGAAGCACAACACUAUACUUGUGCAGGAUGCCACAAGCAUUUUGAUGACGGGAAAACCCGGAUGCUGGAAUUCGUACAGACACUUGGGUGGGGGAAGCCUCGUCUUUGUGAAUACACGGGUCAGUUGUUUUGCUCUGUGUGCCAUACAAAUGAAACUGCUGUCUUACCAGCAAGAGUUUUGCAUCACUGGGAUUUUACUCACUAUCCAGUUUCUCAGUUGGCUAAAUCAUAUCUCGAUUCCAUUCACGACCAGCCUAUGCUUUGUGUCAGUGCGGUUAAUCCUAUUCUAUUCUCGAAAGUCCCUGCGCUGGUACAAGUUACGGGAGUCAGAAAAAGAAUAGGAGCCAUGCUUCCAUUUGUUCGUUGCCCAUUCCGUAUGUCCAUUUAUAAAGGACUUGCUUCUCGGAGAUACCUUCUUGAGAGCAAUGAAUUUUUUGCACUUAGAGACCUCAUUGAUCUUUCAAAAGGAGUAUUUUCAGUGCUACCUGUGAUGGUAGAUACUAUAUCAAGGAAAAUCUUGGAACACAUAACAGAGCAAUGCCUGGUGUGCUGUGAUGUGGGUGUACCUUGCAAUGCACGACAAGCCUGUGAUGACCCUUCUUCUCUCAUUUUCCCCUUCCAGGAAGGAGAAGUUGAACGGUGUAGAUCUUGUAAAUCGGUUUUCCACAACUGCUGCUUCAAGAAGAUCACAAGCUGUCCCUGUGGACAUCGUCUUAAGGAGGAUUUGGAAAAGGGAGGCUCAACAAGUUCAAGCCAUAGAAUCGGUAACGAGUCGAGUAGCACUUUGGACAUGUUUGGGAGGAAAUCAGACUCCAAGUCUACUGUGGGAUUUCUCUCUGGACUCUUUACGAAGGCAAAGCAGGAAAAGUUAUGGGGGCCUAAAGACAGUGAUACCGUUAUCUUGAUGGGUUCUUUGCCAAGCACCUCCGUUUGAUUACUUGUAAUUGUAGCGUACUAUUUGUAUUUUAGCUUGGAAAUCAAGAAAUUGGGAAAUUAUUGUUUGAUCGUGGUUGUCAAAUUAAUAUUCAAAGCUGUCGAAGAACGAAAGAAAAAACAAUAAUCAGAGCCGGUGAUGGUCAUAGCAAAAAAAUAAUCAUCUUUCAAUUUUCUAAAAGGUUUUUACCUCCUGUUACUAGUUUGUAUUCUUUGUAACACACGUUCAGAUAAAUGGAAUGUGAUGUUUGCUAUUCUUUCCUUGUUUCUGCU